AUGACACCGAGUGGACAGGUCACCUGGGGUCAAAGCAUCAGCAUCACCUGUUCGCUCACAACUCAGUAUUCAGGUGGAUACUUUGAUCUGGAGAAGACCUCGAGCUCAUUCCACUUGGUUCAAAGUGCCAGGAGCGCCUCUGCUACCUUCAGCAUGGCAGAAGUCACCUUGGAUAACGAGGGCGUGUACCGCUGUCGGUAUCUGGUGAGGGAUUCAGGCUCAGACAUCAUCUCCCCCCUCAGUGACCCUCUGACAGUCUCUGUCACUGUGAUUCUGCCAAAGCCGGGCAUCUCCAUGACCCCCCCUGGUGAAGUGACCUGGGGUACGAGUGUUGACGUCACCUGUUCCAUAUCGACUCAGCAUGUAGGAGGAACCUUCACUCUUCAGAAGACCUCCGGCUCAUUUACAAAGACCCAGUCCUCCAGUUCCAAAUCUGCUACCUUCAACAUCCAGAGAGUCAACUUUGAUCAUGAGGGAUUCUACCAGUGUCAAUAUCACACCACAGUUUCAACUCGAGCCUUCAGCUCCCCUCAGAGUGACUCGCUGAGACUCUCUGUUACUGUGAUUCUGCCAAAGCCGGGCAUCUCCAUGACCCCCCCUGGUGAAGUGACCUGGGGUACUAGUGUUGACGUCACCUGUUCCAUAUCGACUCAGCAUGUAGGAGGAACCUUCACUCUUCAGAAGACCUCCGGCUCAUUUACAAAGACCCAGUCCUCCAGUUCCAAAUCUGCUACCUUCAACAUCCAGAGAGUCAACUUUGAUCAUGAGGGAUUCUACCAGUGUCAAUAUCACACCACAGUUUCAACUCAAGCCUUCAGCUCCCCUCAGAGUGACUCUGUCAGAGUCACAGUCAGUGUGCCGCUACAGCAGCCCAACAUCUCUGUGACGUCUCCUAAUGGAGGCCUGUUCUGGGGUCCUGGAGGGGCAGAGGUCACCAGAGGUUCCGACUUCGUCAUCACCUGUUGCAUUGGGUCGGGUUACCCAGGAGGACAUUUCAAUCUCAUCUUCUCUGACUCCAACAUCACCAACGUCACGCCUGCGGUCAACAACUCCGCCUCCUUUCACUUCCCUGUGGCGGAGUACGAACACCAGGGAAACUACAGCUGUGUGUACGAAGUGUCUCUGUCCCAACAGACAUUCAGCUCCACCAGGACCACCACACUGACGAUCACCGUUAAAUUGCAUCUGUUCUUGCUGGUCCUUCCAGUAUCAGGGGGUCUACUGCUGCUCCUGCUGGUCUUGGUGGUGGUCUGUCUGGUCCAUGGGAGACGACGACGGGCCAAUCAGCUUCAAACUCUCAGUCAAACUCAAAUGGCUCCAGUCAGGAACUGUUACCAAACCUCCGAGGACGUGUACGAAGUUACGGACUUUGAACCGGCGCGCGCCAAAAAUAGUCCAGAGCGGGAAAGAGAGGUGGAGGAAGAUGACGACCGUGAACGUUUCAAUGACCAGGAAGACGACAGCGAUAAAGAAGACGAGGGACACGACCGUCACAUUUGGGAUUAUGACGCAAACCAGGAGAUCUACGCCACCGUCCAGGACGUAGAAGAAGAGUAUGAAGCCAUCAAACAGUUCCAGAGCCGUUCAAGUGAUAGUGAGGAGGAUUAUGUCAACGUGCAGCCGCAGGUGGAUGAAGAUGAACUGGAUGUAUAUGGAGAAGAGGAGGACGUAUGCGUGCUGCAGCCAAUGGAUAACGAGGCUUUGGACAUAUACGGAGAGGAUGACAACAUCUGCCAAAAUUACUAG